AAAAAGACAUGUCCGAUUGUGGCUGGUCAGGAGUACACUUACAUUUCUGGAUUCACCCAAGAUACGGGCUCGACAGACUGGUGUAUCAAUUGGUUCUCGAGGUCAACCUACGUAAAUUCUGGCGGUGCGCGACCUGCCUGUCAGGAGAGUGGCGGCGAGGUUCUCUCCAUUCACAGCGAUAAAGAUAAUCAACUUCUCCAAGGAUACAUUUCGACUGACGUCACCAUGGGCGGAUAUCUGGACAAUGGAGGCACAUGGCGAUGGUUUGAUGGAAGCCCGUGGAACUAUUCGAACUGGGCCCCCGGAGAGCCCGUAUGGGGACCGUCAAACAACCUUCAUUACUGGUUCAAAAUUCGGAAGAGCGACGGAAAGUGGAAAUGUCUCAGCUUCCGG